UAACAUUUACAUUAUGCAUAACACAUUGGAUAUUUAUUUAAAAGACCUGAACAUUAACAGAAUAUUUUAAAAAUGCCACAUUUCUAUAGUGCGCAGAAUCUUUGCCGCAAACCCGAAAGACGCUUGGCAAACAUAAAAAGGAUUGCAAAGCUGGGAAAAGCAAGUAGUGUUAACUGAACAGAGUAUGUGUUAACAUCUCCGGACAGAUAAUAGAAUCUGUCUAACGAACAUUUAACGGCUCGGUUUUUGGUGUCAAUUACGACUUCGGUGUUUCCUAAACGAUCUUACAAUGUUGGUUCUCAAAGUUGUAUCCUUGAUAGUAUUCUUCAGUCUGCUGUGUUAUGCCAAAGAGACAUGGCUACGACCUGGCUGUCAUAAGGUGGGAAAUACUCGAAAAAUUUCAAUUCCUGAUUGUGUGGAGUUUUUGAUAACAACCAAUGCUUGUCGAGGAUUUUGCGAAUCAUAUUCGGUGCCCUCAAUGCCUUGGGGUAAUGCUGGUGGAUCAUUUAGACCUCCCAAGCCCGUGGUUUCCGUUGGACAAUGCUGCAAUAUGAUGGAAUCAAGGGAGGUGCAAAAGCGAGUUCUUUGUAUGGAUGGUUGGCGCAAUGUUACCUUUCAGUCGGCUAUUUCUUGUAGUUGUUAUCAUUGCAAAAAGGAUUAACUUUCUGAGGAAAUAGAAAACGGCGGCGUGAUGUAAAUAAUUGUAUAAAUAUAUAAUGUUAGAUGAGCCAUUUAAAUUAAAAAAAAGAACACCCAAAAUGCAUUAUAACUACAAGGUUUAUUCAAUAAAUUGCAAAAUUUACGCUGUGUAAAAUAA